AUGUCACCUCACGCUGUCUGCGUCGUCAUCUCCCCUCCCACCGUCGACUUGGACUCCUUCGAACCCUUUGACGAGGAAUACAUUCGCACUGUGGACGAGAUACUCUCUGACGAACCUAGCUUCGACGCCUCAUUCGACACAUACAGUAGCGGUACCUCCAUGGACGGGGCGAAUGACUCCCCACAGCGUGAGCGUGCGACUGGUCGAGCCUCCGUCGGCAAGAGAACUGGACAUACUCACAAGAAGUCGCCAUACUUCUCGACGGGCCAGAUGUCUCAGCGGCGCCUCGGAUUGAAGAGAAGUAUUACCAGAAUUGAUGUCGACGGCGAAGACGAUGACGAGGACGAAGGCGAGGAUGAGGACGACUUCACCCCUGCUACGUCUGUCGAAUCCGUGAAAAUCCAGACGGCCGAUAAUACGAUCGAGAGCGAGCACCAUAAUAAAACGUAUGCUAAAGCCAACGGGAACGCUGUCGACGAUGACAUCGCCGAGGAAGAUAUUGUCUUCGCUUCAGUUGAACCGGAAGUGCACGCUCGCUUGCUGGAUUUCAUUGCGUCGCAUCCGUUUAUGCGUGAUGGUUCAUAUCCUGUGAGGCGGUCCAAAAGGCGGACCUUUGUGUGCGAACUCUAUGAACAAGCGAAAUCGACUGGAAUGGACGAGGACUCGAUCGACAGGUUGACAAACUACGUGAGGAAGACAUAUCUCGAACUGUAUGGAAAGGACUAUGUCGACACCCAAGGCUCAGAAUUUGGUGACGAGAUUGAUGACGUGGCGGGGAAGAGAAGAAGGUCCUUGAAGGUCUCCAAGAAGGAUCGGAAGAGGAAGCGGUCGAAUGGCGACACGGCUAAAGAUAAAUCCAAGAAGAGCAGAUCGCAGUCUUCGCAGACUUCUGAGGAGAAGUAUACUGCCUCAAGGGCUGACUCGCACAACGAUGCCAAGCGUGAGGUAAUCGAUCUGGAGGCCGAGUAUCCUCUUGAGGAUUUCUUCGCUGGUGCCGCUGCUGAGCCCGAGGUCUUGACGAGCGUAUCUCCUGCGGAAGAAUUAUCCAAGACCAGACGCCCAAGCGGCAGCAAGCAGUCCGACCGCUCGUCGGAAGACGACAGAUCGAACAGUUUCUCUUUUGUCACGCCAGAGAGACGCAACAACAGAGCAAGCGCCUUAACUUCUUCUAAGCACUCUAUACGCUCACUUGUGAAGUCCCGGGACGAACCCAUUUGUCUGGAAAGCGACUCCGAUGGACCCAAAAAAUCGGCCACGGCUGUCCCAGACGCACAUUCUUCGGAUAAGCUAGAAACACACAAGGAGAGCGUAGCCAGACCAAGGAAAGAGAAGAAUUGUAGAAAGCGCCGGAAUCGCCGGAAGAGAAGAGCUGAGAAAUAUCGGGAGAGCCUGAGGGACUCGGAGAUUGAAGAUCUUGCAGCUGAUGAUCGUCACAUUGAAGAGGAUACUACGACCAGGAACUUCAACCGGAAGAACAGUGGUGAUAUCAAAGUUGACAAGGACGUUACCAUCCUUGAUGACCCUUUUUGGACUCUGGAUUUUUAA